AUUGGGGUCAGGAGUGCGGUUAGUUUGAAACUUUGAAAAAAUGGUUUCGUUAAUGGACUUAGGAGUGGCGGACCUUAAGCGGGAGCUGGAAGAAAUGGAAUGGAACAACUGGAAAAAAGAAUGUGUUGCAGCGGCGGCUUCGAGAAACGUUGGAACAGGAGGGUGAGAAUCCAGAUACGUAUUUAUUUGAAGGCCCGUGUGAUAUGCAUUUAAUGUUGCAAAAUUUAAACGAUUUAAAACAGAAAAUGCUGGAAAAUUCUAGCGAUUUACAACAGAGAAUGGUAGAAAUUUCUAAAGAACUAAAAGUCGAUUUGCAACAGAAAAUGGUGGAAAAUUCUAGCGAUUUAAAAAUCGAUUUACAACAGAAGAUUUUGGAAAAUGUCAAAGAUUUAAACGAUGAUUUGCAACAGAAAAUGCUGGAAAAUUCUAGCGAUUUACAACAGAAAAUUCUGGAAAAUUCUAAAAAAUCUAAAAAAGAAUAUUUGUAACAGAAGAUCCAAGAAAAUGGGGCAGAAAUUUGACGACGCAAGGAUGGAAUUAAAAGAGAACGUAAGGAUGGAAUUGAAUGAUGUAAGGAUGGAAUUGGAUGAUAAAUUGGAACUCAAAAUAUAAGAAGUAAAUAGUAACAUCUGUUAGUUUACCAAU